AUGCCUCCUCCCGAGUCCCGGCCCCUCCUCCUCCCCCAGAAUCGCAAGCUUCGCCACCUCCGUGGGAUUUACCUCCGAAACCUCAGCUUUGUUCGGCCCCGAGGCCAGACCUUCGACGAUACCGCCUUGAAUAAGACAUCGUCCAAGCUUGAAGGCUUCCGCGAUGCCCCUCAGCUCCACCAUGCACUCUCUAGCGACAACUUCCGGCCCAAGGCGCCGCGCCGCCGAAGCACCGCUCUUGCUCAGGCUACCCCGGUCACGCGACAGCGCAUGUUGCAGCUCACCAUCGAUGGUAAGGCCGCAGAUGUCUUCUUUUCGCUACACUGCGAUGGCGAGGACGAGCCUGUCUACAUUAGCGAGAUGAAGGAGCAUGCCACUAACUUCAACUUCCAAUUCUUCGACCUUAACCACCAUGGUCCCUCGGUCACUCGGUCGCCAGUCGUCACCAUCAAGAUCUGGGCGCAUCGGACAUCAUGGACCCUCCUGCUCCAAGACACUGUCGACCUUCGAAGCCUGCACUUUAUCGGCACCCUCCAGAACCGCAAGUUCCCUCCGAACGGGCUCAUUUUCCAUCUUGCCGACGGCAUCUACUCGCUCGAUUUCCUUGGAAAGCCUUCCCAUCCGAAAUACGUCCCACCGCUCCAUACAUCCUCUUAUAACGUGCUCAUGAAACUCUCGACGUUGGACACCUCGAUCCAGGACGCCAUCGCGACACAAGAGCAGCUGACGGCUCAGAUCAAUAACAUACUCGAAGAUACGCCCCAUAACGAGACGCCUGCCGCUGAAGAAAAGGUGAAGCUGGCCAACAAGUACGUGGCGCAUGAGCUGCGGGCUCUCAAGGCUGCAGAGAGGCGGCGUGAAGAGCUGCGCGCGUCGCUCCAGUCGCGCAGGGAGGCCAUCGCCCAGGGUCGUGCCUUGCAGGAUAAGCUCGCAAAGGACAUCCUUGAUGCAACAGAGCACCUGGAAGCAUCAAAGGCGGUGCUGGCUAAGACGAAGGAACAAAUCCGCGGGCAACGCCGACGCAUCUGCACCGACCUUAGCAACAUCUACCAGAUCACACCAUGCUCCUCGGGCACCCCGCUAUCCUUCCAGAUCGCGGGCCUUGCCCUUCCGAAUACGACAUAUGAUACUGCCACCUCCCGCGGCCCGGACGACGACCUCUUGUCCGGGGCCCUGGGCCACGUCGCCGCGUUGACGCACGCUCUGCAGUAUUACCUUUCUAUACCGCUGCCAUACCCCGUUACGCCAUUCGGCUCACGCUCGUCUAUCCGCGACGACAUAUCCCUACUCACCGACCUCAACUCGACGCAGGCAGCCCGUCAACGCGACUUCCCCUUAUACCUCCCCCGAGGCGGCUCUACCGCAGCGCAGUAUCGAUUCGACUACGGCUGGUUCAUCCUCAAUAAGGACAUCGAGGUCCUCUGCGCAAGCCAAGGGUUGAAGGUUGUGGACAUCCGCCACACCCUGCCGAAUCUCAAGUACCUCCUCUACGUCUGCAGCGCUGGAAGCGAGGAGGUCCCUGAACGCAAACGGGGCGGUGUCCGCGGUCUCUGGGCCGGUCAUAUCAGAGGCCGCAUGCCUUCAUCAGUUGCCAUGGGUGGUGACGUGGAUACGAGCAGCGCCGGCGGCAGCCGCCGCGGCAGCACUGAUAGUGAGGUGCUCAGCCGACAGCGGGACGAGCUCCGAAGGGCCAUGACUGUCCGCGAGGGGGCCGAAUCGCCUGUGAACAACAGCCCCCAUCACAACGGCAACGGUGGACCCGCGGGGCUACCCUUCGACGAGGUCAACGUCUCGUUGAGGACCAAGGGUAUGAGGGAGAACGCGGGCAAGUAG